CAAUUCGAUCGAAAACAAGGUAACAGAAGGUAUCACAGUUACCAACCUUCGACAAUUGUUAACUUAACGAGGUUAGAAAGAGGCCGUUGAAAGAAAAACUUAAUAUUUUGCAUUGUAAAGAAAGGAAAAUAAGAUAAGAAGUGAAAAAAGAAGAAAUGUCUCUCUUUCCUGCUUAUUCGCAUGACAAAACUGAAUCGACAAGUUGUAACGAUGCAGGUAAUGUUUCCACAGAGUGGUUGUCGAAUUCAAGUUUUCAAACUCAAGUACCUAAAGUGGAACCUCCUGACUUAUACUCCUCAUCGGAUGAGUCUUUACAUGAAAAUAAAGAUGAACUUUCGUUUGCAAAAAAACAAGUAUCACCUGAAACAGUUCCUCAAGACACAAAGAUACAUGCUAGACAAAAAACCAGUAAGGAACAAAAAACUGAAAGAAAAAGACAUACACAUGACAGUAAAUGGCAUAAGUCAAAUUAUAAACUGGAUGUAGAGAAUGUGUACUUUGAAGACAGGCGUAGAGAUAAAGGAAACAAUAACAUAAAUACAUUUGGUCCUAGAACAAGGCCGUAUUAUGACAUUAGUGAAAAAUCUCUUGGUUAUAUUAACCGCAAGCGACCAAAGAAGAACUUGUUUCACAGAUAUUAUGUUAAAAAUAUUGAUUCUGCAGAAUCAACGAAGAAGAAGAACACAGUUAUUAAGAAAACAAAUAAGAAGGAGACAAUGCAAGACGAUGCAGAUGAAAGUCUACCUUCUUGGUGUAAGAACUUGGAAGAGGAACAGAAAUGCAAAACUCGAGAAUACAAUGAACAACUCACAGAGAACCCACAUAAUAUUGAACUUUGGCUGCAAUAUAUUAAUUUUCAGGAUACAUUGACUUAUUAUCAGAGACAUCAAUUAACUGAAGAUCCGUAUCGAUCUACAGUAUUAAAAAAAUUAUCCAUUGUCGAAAAAGCGCUUGAGAAAAAUGCAGAUUCCAAAGAAUUAUUAAAAUUAAAGCUAUAUUUUAUGACCGAGUUAACACCGUCUGACGAAUUAUCGAAUCAAUUGGAAACAUUGGUUAAUAAAGAUUCAGGGAAUAUUAUAUUAUGGCAACACUUUAUUAUGGUCACGCAAGCUUCAGUAGCAAUGUGUACUGUUCCACGAGUAUUGGAUUUAUAUUCAAAAUGUUUCUGCGUUUUGAGACAGCGCGCGAGAACAAAUCCUACCAUCUACGAUGCACAGUUGUUGUAUAUGCUAUAUCAAUGCUUAAUUUUUCUGAGACAUACAGGACUGUGGGAACAAAUGUGGGAAACAAUACGCUUGAAUCUAAAUUUGAAUUUAAACUUAAACAAAAAUAGUUUAUCUUUUCGAGGAUCCAUAGAUGAAAAAAAAAUAAUUGGAAUGGAAGAAAUGAUAUUGAUGUCGCGAUUACCACUAAAUCAGCUGUGGCAAAGAACAGAGUCAUUGAGAGAGAAUUGCCAUUGGAUUAGUGUUAAUAGGGAUGAGUUAGAAUUGGUUGGAGAUUCUAGAAGGUUUAUUUUACCAGAAGAUGUAGCAGAUUUUGUACAUCCAAUUCUUUCUCGCAAUUCAAACUUUCAAAUGGCUAUCUAUUCUCUUUUAUGUCUCAAAGUACCACUUCUACCUUGUCGUGAUUACUACAUGAAAGAAUUAUCAUUGAAGAACUUUAAUUGGGGAGUAGAAUCCUUAGAAGCAUUACUUCCAUUUAUUUAUCCUAUGGUAGGUGAAAUGGCUGGUCACGACCAAAGAAAAGAAUUAUUGAAGGAUGUUCUUGAAGGACGUUUAACAUCAGGUCCUCAGUAUCUUAAGUUUCAUCCGGCGCAAGAACCGUAUCUAGAUUUUGUACGCAAAAUUUUUCAUACAAUCGCAGAAAGUCUUCCCUCUUUACAACGGACAAGUAUAUAUGUCUGGUGGUUGCGAUUAGAAAGACUAUUGAUUUUUCUUAACAAAGAUGAACCUUUAAAGCACGACAAUAAAGGAAAGAAAUUGAGAGCAACAUUGAAAGAAUUUUUAAAAAAAGAUGAAAAUAGAAAUAACUUAUAUUUCUAUAAGGAAUAUGCCCUAAUAGAACUGGAAAUGGGCAGAUUCAGCAACUGUAUGAAUAUUCUUGAGACUGCCAUUCAGUCUCAAGGAACACGUCCAUCUGCGAUUACAAACAUGUGUGAAAGAGCAGCGCUUUUUAACCUAUAUAGAACAUUUAUCGAAACUUUGCUUGAUAUUAGAACAUACAACGAGUCGCACAGACUAUGGAUACUAAAAGUCUUUAGUCAAAUGAUACCUAAUGAAAGCGAAAAUCAAGAAUCACUAAUAGAAGCGUAUUUACAUUCGUAUGUACAAGACUUUUUGCGAAUUCCUUUUGAUGAGAAAGAAAAAGAUAAUUUCUUUCUGUCGAACUUAGAAUGCGACGCUGUCGUAUGUUAUGCGUACUUUCUGUAUAUUAAAGAUGGUGAUAUCCAAACUGUUAUUAAUACACUGAGGAGCUGUAUCGAUCAUUCCAAAGAUUAUCCUUACUUACAGGAAAUGUUGUACGAAAGUCAAAUUGCAAUUUUACAAUUACAUCACGAACGAACUCAGAACAUGCAAAAUGUGCUGAAAGAAAUACUGAGCAAAACUUUAAAUAUAUAUCCGAAUAACUUUUAUGCUCUAUCUGUAUUUGCUGGCAUAGAGAGUGAAUUGCCGACCUGGAGAUUCAAUAGUAGAAGCACUAAGAUUGAAUUGUGGCGAGCCAUAGCGAUGUGUCUGGCUGCUCGUAGACGUAUUAGUCUCCUAAUGAAACUUGAUCAACCUGAUCCAAUGAAUGCUGCAUUGAAUAAGCUAUUAUCAUUUCAUUUAACACUCUCUAGAAUACCAUCAACUCGAUGUUGUCCAUUAUUGUGGAGACUGUAUAUGCUCUUUCUACGCGAACAUAAUUUAUGCGAAAAAAAGGGAGAAGAGAUUUAUCACGAGAGUGUCACACAAUGCCCAUGGGCAAGAAGUAUUUAUAUAGAUGCAGCUGAAGUAGCGCCUCAACUUCUCACACAGAUCCAAGAUCUGAUACGCGAGAAAGAAUUAAGAAUGCAUGUUACACCCGAAGAAUUAGAUAUUCUUCGUGGUUAAUAUAAUUUCAGAUAUUUGUAAGAAAAACUAUAAUGUUCUUUAAUUUAUACGCUAUUUUCUGAUAAAUUAUAGAAGCAUACCUGAAUAUAAAUUUACAUAUAACUUCCAAAUUUAAAAAUAUUUGAGAAUAAAUAGUAUCUAUGUACAUAUGUUUUUUACUUAUUUCGCAAUAUGUAAAAUAAGAAAUGUAUAAAAUGUAUAAAAUAAAGCAUUUUAAUUCAGUAUCACAUUUAAAA